GCAGUUGACAUAUCGGCAGUACGUUUGAGCGGCCGGACGUGGUUGGAGUUGUUCCGCUGAAGCAACAAAAGCAAUGAAAACGAAUUCGUAGGCACGCUAUGUUGCACUGGCCUGUUGCAGGAAAGCCUUUAUUGAAUAUCUCAGCAACUGUGUUUCCAUUGAAUGUAGAAGACUAGGAAGUAGGAACGUGGGCCUGAAGAAAAUGCUGUCCUCCUGGCUAAUAUACAUAUUUGUAUCUUUCUUGGUCUGUGAUGGAGUUGUAGCACAAGUGGAAAAUCGCGUGGUUUUCCUGUUUAACACCUUUCAGAACGUGAGUAUGAAUGAGAACGAGACGGUGCAGGCAGUGGUCUCCAGAAUCCCCCCUGAAGUGGCCUUCAUCACCCUCCAGUUCCACACACAGCACAGCAAUGCUACGCUGUCCUACAACAAGAUGCCAGGGAUGGGCCUCUCUCUAACAGCGGUGGACUCAGGCCUUCUCUCACCCCUGAUCCCCGGUCAGACCACGCUCUCCUGGUUCCUGCUGGCCGCUGAUGGGGACUCUGUGUCCGGCACAGGGGUUAUCCUCCCCUACACCAGCUCUGACCCAGUCCCUGGAGCUUGUAAUCUGGAGUUUGACCUGGACAUUGACCCAAAUAUAUAUCUCCACUACAACCUUUUUGAGACUACUAUCCGCUUUGCACCUGCAAAUAUUGGAUAUUCAAGGGGCUCCAUUCCGCCCGCCUGUGACACUGAAGUGGGUGAAAACACUCGCUGGCGCCUGAGGUACGACAUCUACCAGUACUUCCUGCCUGAGAGCGACCUAUCAGAGCAGAGCCUCAUCACCAGCAUCCAGAGUGUGGCCAACGUCCAGACCAUGACAGAGCAUGGGAAAAGGCUCAUGACACUUUCGUCCAAUGAUAAGACGGAGGUAGUGUUUAGCUCCAUCCCGGGCCAGGGUGUAAUCUACUCUGUCAUAGUCAGAGACCCAGUGAUUAACACCUCUUCCUCGUAUAUCCCUGUCCACACCUACGCCUGCAGCUUCGCCUCCACCCUGGAUGGCUGCGACACUCUGGGGAAGAUAUCCACAAUGAUCUUCUUCACCAUCGUUGGUUUAGCUGGCCUCUUCGUGUGCUUCUUUGGGCACCACUUCUUCAAAUGUGAGCUAUUCUGUAUGGGCUUUGGCUUCACAGCGUUUUUCUUUUUUAUCCUUUUCACAAGAACUACAAAACUGGACUAUGACAUCCGUCUGACCCUGACAGCAGUGAUUGGCGUAGUGGGGGGAGUUAUCCUGGUGAUGAGCUGGUGGCGCUUCGGCUCGGUCAUGUCCUGUGUCGUCGUCGUCGGUCUCAUGCUGGGGUUCCUCAUCUCCUCCACUGUCUUCUUCACGCCUAUCGGCGACAUGGAGGUGUUCCGUUCAAAUGUGGUGUUCUGGGUGACGUUCAGCUGCAUCGUGGUCGUGGUACCGCUCUUCUUUGUGCGCUGGCCAAGAGAGGGUAACAUCACUACGUGUGGUGUUGCUGGAGCCUAUGCUGUGGUGCUGGCUGUGAAUGCUUACAUCUAUACCAGCCUCUCGUACAUCACUCUUAACAUCCUCAAGCGCUUCCUCAACGACAACUUCAGCAAGGCCUUUACUGAUGUGCCUUUCCAGGACAUCGAUUUCAUCAUGAUCACAGUGUGGGUGGUUCUGGGUGUGUCUGGUAUCGUGCUACAGCUCUACCGGGAACGCACACGGCCCUUCUUCCCCCCCAGCCCUUACCUCAUGUGGCUGCAAGAGCGGGAGCGCCGCAAGACCAACGUUCUGGACCCAAGCCACCACACGUCCUCACUCCCUUCCCGUUUCCUCGCCCGUGCCCGACAGUUGACUAGCCGGAGAGAGUCCGCUGGCGAGUGCACACCCCUCCUCCUUUAAACCCACCCACUCGACCCAGACCCAUUUUACCCAGCCAGGUAGACCGAUUCACCCCACUAGGAGGGUGCUAUGGGGCAUUGUCUCUGUAUCUACAGUACAGGGAAAGCACCAUUGCGUUGGAGCAUUUUUAUUCCAGAUUAUGGAUUUUUGAUUCCAUUGAUGAUGGUAACAGUGCAGUAAGGUAGUGUUUAUAUGCCCGGGGCGGAACUUUGGCAUGUAACUUCUGCAGAAUGUGUCCCACAAAGUGCACACAGAGAAUUUUCAAAGCAUUGUUUUCGAGCAUGAUUUGUUUCACUUCCUUAGUCUUGUGGUAUUUGGCUGCAUGUUCUUAGAGGGUACUGAGGAAGUUGUUACCGCUGCCACUUAAUAUUUGUCCCCCCAGUUUUAAUGGGUAUGACACCACUGUCAGGGAGUUCUGGGUAUGCCCAUUUCAGCUCCAAUGGCUAUGUUGUUUUUUAUGUUUUGUCAACAUUUUUGUGUGCAAACUCACUUUUACACCAUGUUUUAUAAAACUGUAUGUAGAUGCCACUCUUUUUCAUUUUCUUUUACAAAUAUGAACAAUUAGAUUUUUAAGAAAUAUGAGAGAUGUUAUAUUGAAAUAUGCAUGUGUUUUGGGGACCCAUUUUGCGAAACGUAGUUGUUGCAUCGAACACUAUUACUGGUAUCGGUGGGAACUUGCAGCCUAAAAUGUUUGACAGCACUCUAAAAUCAUAAACCGCAGGUGUAGGUGGAUCCUGGGCACUGAUGUUUAUAGGAAAUGGUGAUCUAGCCAAGCCCUUCAGGAUUUCCUCCGUGUUGAGCAGUAGCAGGAAGAGGAAACGACAAGUGUCACAGCCUCUUGCUGUCAGGUGGCCUAACACUUCAUUAAAGUGGGCCUGCUGUUGAUGUUCCUUAUUGCCAGCUUUAGUUUGGUAAAGCAUUUGUGUUUCCCCUAUGACAAUGUCCUGCUAGCUGUUCCCAUAGACUUCCAAUCAUUGGGCCAACGACUAUCCAUUUAAAAGCGUGUCUUGGCAGAAAUAUAUUAAUUUAAAAAUAUAUAUAUAUAUAUAUAUAUAUAUAUAUAUAUAUAUUUAUUUUUGCAGCAGUGGCAACAAUUUAGCCACCACUGCUAAAUGAACAUAGGCGAAACACUGAUUUUAAGGUAGUCCAAUAUGUGUCUUGUGGGACUUUUCUUUAGGUUCUUUCUCUCUUAUUACCCACCCAGUAUGUGUUUUGGUUUGAAAAGCUGUCUUAUUGAGGCAUUAAUAAUGUGUACAGGAAUUUGCCUGCAGAGUCACCUGAAAUGGUUUAUUAAUGCAUUCCAUGACCGAUGUCAGUUUUUCCUCCAAAUGUUCAGUAUUAUUGAAGCUUGAUUAAGUGGAUAAUUUAAGAGAUUAUUUUCCCUCUUGUGCUGAACAAGGUAUCCUCAGAUGCAGUGUAAUAUCCCACAAGUGAUUUUGUAAAUCCUCGCCAUUUGCACACGACAGGAUGUUUUGCUCUUUUAUGAUUAGCAGAAUCACCUGACAGGAUUCAGAUUACAAUGUCAAGGAUGGGAAAGAGUGAAAUGCAAGUAGAAAUGGCCAUUUAUACUUUUCUCAGUUUCCAAACCAAAA